AUGCAAUUUCUGGCUUCAUCUCGGAUUUCUGGUAGGAAACAACUCUCGGGGACAGUGAAAACUGAGGGUGGGGAGGAGAGGAGAAGUAGGAGAGUUGCUAGAUAUAGCAUUUCUGGAAAGAAGAUGAUUUUUAGAGAAGUUGGAGAUGUUGGAGAGGUGAGAGCAACUGUGGAUGGAGCAUCUGGGGUGGUUUUAACGUCAGUGGUAGAUUCUGUAGUAGUAGAAGUACUUGUUGAAGAAGUGGUGGGAGCAUCAGUGAGCAGAGUCGUUGCUGGUAGAGUUGUAUUCACAGAAACUGUCGGAGUGGUCGGGGACUGUGCCGUAGUUGUCGUGGGAUUCCCUAGAGUGCCAGUAGAGAUUGUUACGUUCGCUACCGGAGCCUCUGUUGUUUCUUCAGCUGGUGUAACCUCUUCGGAAGAUGCUGUGACUUGGCGAGUUGAAGAGACCGGAAGAGUUGUUGGAGCCACUGUUGUUGAGUUGGUGGUCGAAGUGUUGGGGUUUGAUGUUGGAUUAGGUGAUGGAAUAACCCAGCAUCUAGAUUUCACCUUUUGGAUUUCAGUUAAGGUUGCAUUGCAAAGAAGCACCUCGUCGGUGCAGUGCUGGAAUAUAGAAGUUGAUACAAUGACUGCCCAAUAUUACAUUUUCUAUUUAUUCAUCGGUGUGAAAAUCUUCAUAAUUUUUUAUCACUGGUAUCAAUAUUUGAAUGAUUCGGAGAACGUAGAAGAAGAGAAAAAAAUCAAUAAGAAAAAACGGCGGAUUGUUAUAUUUGGAUGGACUGUCGGACAAUGCGAAUAUUACAUGUCUAUGCUGAAUAUGCCAAACGUGUUUCCGUUGAUACUCGUAUUCUCCUUCGAUAUUCUGUUGGCAGCCCUAUUAAUGCAAUUCAAUUUAUAUGUGGAACCGAAUUUAGAAGAAGCAAAAAGAUUUGAGAUAUUGGAUGGGAGUGAGGAUAGUUCGACAAAGAAAGAGAUUUUUGAGAAUCCGAACAAUUGGCUUCAGAAGUGUAAGAAGAAGAAAAAGAAAAUUGAUUGA